GGUAAAGAAACUCACAUUAAGAUAGGUGGUAGCUUGGACAAAAUGGUAGAGAUCGACUUUAAACAAAUAGAAGAAUUCGACGAUCAGAAUUUAUUUUGGACAUUCCUUCUACCAAGUAAAAAUAACACACGGUAUGUGGAGUUUUUGCAAAACGGAAAUGCUGGCUUUCUCAAUUUAUGUGAAGUGGAAAUCUAUGGCACAAAAGAGGCAAUUUCUAAUAUUGCAUCUUUCGAGGUAUCGGGUUAUAAAAGGCUUGUUGACGUAGAAUUUUGGCCAGGGAGGUACUGUUACCAUACCAGUUAUGGCGAGAAACCUUUUUGGCAAGUUGAUCUUGGGGAUAUCUUUAUUAUAUAUUUGAUACGGAUUUACCAAUGGGGCACCUUAAUCAGUGAGUAAAUUUAUUUUUAUAUUUAUUUUUUUUUUAUUUUUUUUUUUUUUUGAAUUGAUAAAGUUGUCACGGGUUCGCCAUGUAGAAUUUGAAUAUAUGUUUGUCAUUUGGAUUGCAGAAUUUCAAAAGAAUGGAAACACUUUACUUUCAUAAAUGGGCAAACUGAGCGCCAGUCUAGUUAAUUGACUGUUAAUUGAAUAUAAUUGAAAACUCUAA